GGGAUGGGUUACUGCAGGGGGAGGUAGUGGGGAGAGGAAGGCAUGUGAGAGGAUAAAAGAGGAGGAGUGAAUGCGGGAGAGAAGAGGGAGAUAGGAGCGCAGAAAGAAUGGGGGUGCGGAAGGGAGCCAGAGGAGGGAAGCAGGGCGGCCAAGGCGACGCCCCGAGGUCUGGGGGUGGAGAUCCCGAGCGGCAGGACCAGGCAGAGAUACACACAAGGUGCUGGAGGAACCCAGCAGGUCAGGAAGCAUCUAUGGAGGGGACAUCACUCCAUUCCGAGAUAUCCGAGGUGUCCCCUUUUACCAGAAAGCAGGUCCUCCCUUCCACUGUUAUCAGUGCAGCCGUCACCCGCAUCUCCAGCAUUUCACAGUACCACUGCCCUGCACAGCCUUUGGGGCGGUUUACAGAGGCCAGCGAACUCGACACCCGGCACCUCUUUGGGACGCAGCAGCGGAGAGAAAUCGACGCGGUCAAAACGCGGGGAGAACAAGUGAACUUCAUGCACGCAGACGGCGCCGAGGACAGGAUCAAUUCCCGGUGUGUAGAGCGGCGGGGCUCCAGAGUCCCAACAAGAUCACUCACAUCUGGACAGAGGAUGCGAUUAGGAGUAAACUCCAGGGACGAUCUGCUGUUACAGGUCAGAAAGCAGAGCGUAUUUAUACAUGCUGAGCCAAGAGAAUGCAGAGGCUGGAAGCUUGAGCAAUGGAUUGUGGAGGGGCAGAGGAGAUUGUGGAUGCUGGAAUCCAGAGCAACAAACAAGCUGUUGGAGGAAGUCAGUAGGUCAAGCAGCUUCAGUGUUCUCCAAUAGGGUGAAUGUACAUGGUCCUAUCCUCAGGAAAGAGUCAAAAUCCAGAGGGCGUAAGCCUAAGGAGAGAGGUGAUAGAAUAGAAUGGACCUGAGCUCCCAGAGAAAAUGGUCGAGACAGAUACAGUAAUAAGAGUUAAGACAUUUUGGACAGGUGCAUGGAUAGGAAAGGUUUAGAGCAAGGGUCCGUAACCUCUUUCAUAUGCCAUGGACCCCUUUGGCAGUCUGGUGAUGA